AUGUUGACUUUUUUCGGGUAUUUGCAAAUUCGGCAAAUAUCUGAUGGGGUCUUCGACGGACUGGUGAACUUGCAGUAUCUGUAUUUUUACAACAAGCUGGAGAGUCUGUCUGUCGGGAUCUUCGACGGGCUCAUUAGCUUAAAGGGUCUACAUCUUUCCGCCAACAGUCUCAAGAGUCUGCCUGCAGGAGUCUUCGACGGGCUCCCGGCGUUGCAAGAGCUAUAUCUCCAAAACAACCAGCUUUCCUGCAUCUCUUCCCAGGCCUUCAAGGGACGCGAACCUAAAUCAAUCAACAACAUCAACAACUCCAUUACAAGCAACAACAACAUCAACUCCAUUACUAGCAACAACAACAUCAACUCCAGCGACAACUCCAGCAACAACUCCAGCACCAACUCCAGCACCAACAACAUCGUCAACUCCGUUACAAACAAGACCAUCCACUCCAGCAACAACCAUAGCACUGACUUCAACAGCAACUCCAGCACCAACGACAUCAUCAACUCCGUUAAAAACAACACCAUCAAUUCCAAAGCAACAACCAACUCCUGGACCUCCUGGAUCUAUGGAACCUCCUGUAUCUUCGGAACCUCCUGUAUCUCUGAUUCCUCCUGCAUCUGUUAG